CCUCCCCCCCCACCUUGGCCUGAGUGAGGCCCUGGGACGAUCUGUCCCCAGUGCCAGGAGGCAUGGCCGCUGUCAGGCUCCGGGAGCUGGCCUCGUCUCAGCUGUAUCGGCGUCGCUAUGAGAGGAACAGUGGGGUACUGGAGCUCUGGCACAGCAGGACUGAACCCCCCAGCAGGAGACCUGGUAACAUGGCUGACGCACUGGCCAGUGCCACCUGCGGGCGCUGCCACUCGCACUUUGACCCCUCCGAGCGGAUUGUCAACAGCAACGGGGAGCUCUACCACGAGCAGUGCUUCGUCUGUGCCCAGUGCUUCCGGCAAUUUCCAGGAGGAGUCUUCUACGAGUUUGAAGGUAGGAAGUAUUGUGAACACGACUUCCAGAUGUUGUUUGCACCAUGCUGUGGACAAUGCGGAGAGUUCAUCAUUGGCCGUGUCAUCAAAGCCAUGAACAAUAAUUGGCACCCGGACUGUUUCUGCUGUGAGAUUUGCUCCAUUGCGCUGGCUGACCUGGGUUUUGUCAAGAAUGCGGGCAGGCAUCUCUGCAGACCCUGUCACAACCGAGAGAAGGCGAAACACCUUGGCCAGUACAUCUGUCAGAAAUGCCACCUCAUCAUCGAUGAAGUGCCACUCAUGUACAGGAGCGAUGCUUACCACGCUGAUCAUUUCAACUGUACCCACUGUGGGAAGGAGCUGACAGCGGAGGCCCGAGAGCUGAAGGGGGAGCUGUACUGUCUCCCAUGCCAUGACAAAAUGGGCAUUCCGAUCUGCGGGGCGUGCCGCAGGCCAAUUGAGGGGCGAGUGGUCAACGCUCUGGGCAAGCAGUGGCACGUUGAGCAUUUUGUUUGUGCAAAAUGUGAGAAGCCAUUUCUGGGACAUCAUCAUUUUGAGCGGAAAGGCCUGGCCUAUUGUGAGAAGCACUACAACCAGCUGUUUGGCGAUGUUUGCUAUCAUUGUAACCACGUGAUUGAGGGAGAUGUGGUCUCAGCUCUGAAUAAGACCUGGUGUGUUCACUGCUUUGCCUGUUCCACCUGCAAUGCCAAGCUCACCUUGAAGAAUAAGUUUGUGGAAUUUGAGAUGAAGCCAGUGUGUAAGAGGUGCUACGAGAAGUUCCCCUUGGAGCUGAAGAAGCGACUGAAGAAAAUGUCUGAGAAGAGUGGUCGCAAAUGAGGCCUUUCGUCUCAAACUCCAGUUGAUUCCACACCAUUCCUUCUGCACUCCAUGAUAACAACUGGUUAUAGUGGAGGGGUAGCAGUGGGUCAGUGGGAGACAGAUGGAUGAUUAACUGAAACUAACACUUCAUAAUCAUAUAUAGGCCAACAUUAUAUUUUUAGAGGGCUUUUUUUGAGGGCGACCUCUUGAUGUUUGCGGGUUGUAUUAUUUUGGUUUUCAGGGGCUCCCUUUUCAUCCUAACCGAUUCAUUGAGUCAGUGACAUGAUCACAUUGUAACACUGCCCAACAAUAGCUUGCAUUUGGGUAGCGCCCUUAACGUAGCAAAACAUUAUAGCCCACCUUUAGUUGAGUUCCAGUAUCGGCAAUAUUUGAGUUUGGUUUUAUUUCAUGGUUUGUCGGUUAUAUUUGUGUCGAUGCUCUAUGUAUCUGAACUGCAGAGGCAAAGUUAGAAGAAUUCAUCAAUAUCCUCAGUAACUGCUUGCAAUGCCUCCAUCCCGCUGUAUUUAACUUGACACAACUGGCAUUAGUUAGCAACAAAUCUUGUGAGUGAUUGAGAGCAGCCAGUGUUUUAAGAAACAGUUCCUCAAAGUGACCAUUUGUGAUGGUGACCUUUCUCUAAUUGAUUUGUCUUUGGUGGAAUUUUCCCUGGUAUCAGCGAGUUUUUGAGAAUAUUUGUAGCUCAGGUUGAGGUCCUGGAUGUAGGUUUGCUCGCUGAGCUGGAAGGUUUAUUUUCAGACGUUUCAUCACCUCCCUGGGUAACAUCUUCAGUGAGCCUCUGGACGAAGCCCUGCUGAUGAUUCCUGCUUUCAGGAAUCUAUAACCUAUAUCUGCGGGCAGCACAGUGGCUCAGCAGUUGGCUCCCUCACAUCCCAGGGAGUUCGCAUAUUCUCCCUGUAUCUGCAUGAGUUUCCUCCCACACUCCAAAGGUGUGCAGGUUAGUUAGACUGGUCAUGGGAAACACAGGGUUAUGGGGAUAGGGAGGGCCUGGGUGGGAGGCUCUUCAGAGAGUUGGUAUGGAGCGAUGGGCCGAACGGCCUGCUUCCACACUGGGAUUCUAUGAUUUGGGGCACUUUUAGGGCAGGUCUGUCCACCACCCCGAUGUAUUUUGAUCCCCAUUUUAUAUGGUAUGUUGGGGAAAUGAUUGUGCAGGUUAAUUAUUUGAGUAAUGCCUUUUAAUGAAAGGAUCCUGAUUUGACAACUCCAGUCUGACUGGGGGGAAAAACAAUCCUCCCUUUGUCAGUACGCAUCAAAAUUCAAAAUUGCCAACACCAUUGGUAAUGAUAGAGAUCCAAAAACACAAGAUAACUUCAGCACUUCCAUCUGGUCUGAACUGUUAACCAGAACUCCCCUUGUCCACUGAUAACCCAAGUACCCCCUGACUCUCUCUCUUAACACCUCAGAGAACCUGGUGUCUACACUCACUGGAAUUUGAAUGGCACCCCUGAACAGUAUGAAAUGUUCCACCUUUACUUGAGUUCCAGUAUCAACAAGAUUGGGGUUUGGUUUUAUUUAACGGCUUGACGGUGCUGAUUACUAUCGCCAUUUCUAAUUUCCGUUGGUUAAAAACCCGCCCCUGGGGUUGGACGGAGCACUGUGGGAGGAAGAGUUUGGGUGGGACCAAUGUAAAGGGAGUUAACACUGAUAUAUAAUCCGUGACUUGGGGAAUCUUUAACUUGGAGGGUGUUAUAUCCUGUGUCUAAUCUGGGGUGUGAGCUACCAAAUGGCAGAUAGACUCAAUGCCUAACCUAACAGUACAGAAGGAGCUUCUCUGUAGGACUGACCAGACCUGGAAGGUACGCCAGGGGGUUGCUCCAUCUUCGGAAGUUGCCAGACUGAAAUAACUGAGGAGAAAGUGGGGACUGCAGAUGCUGGAGAUCAGAGCUGAAAAAUGUGGUGCUGGAAAAGCGCAGCAGGUCAGGCAGCAUCCAAGGAGCAGGAGAAUCGACGUUUCGGGCAUAAGCCCUUCUUCCUUUCCUGAGGAAGGGCUCAUGCCCGAAAUGUUGAUUCUCCUGCUCCUUGAAAUACCACGUUGAACGCAGUAUCAACAUCAACCUCAUAAAAGUCACAAAACACAAUCCGGUCUUAAGUAGCUGCCCUGUGAAAUUUGUAAUAUUCCCGGACAGCUGUUCGGGAUUUGCUUGCUGGGUGAAAGGUGAUUUCCCCAGAGCCUGAAUGGGGGGAUUUAGCUGAAUGGGGUUGUGGGUCUGAAGCCUCUCUGUCUGAUGAUUAUUAUGGGCAGUUUGUGGUGAAAGGCAGUGGCUACUUGGUAAGACACUGUCAGCAUAUGAGCUGUGUGAUCCUUCACAUAACAUGUUAAAGAGGUGCCAAUCUGCCAGCAGCUGGGAGGAUGGAUAUCAGACGAGGGAGGAAUCAUCAGUUGACCUUAACCCUCCUUCCGGCGUUGAAAGAGUUGGAUUCAAGGAACAAGCUCUAGUUCCAGACUGGGGAGAUGUGUAGCCUUUUCAAAUCCAUGCCAAAGACGCAACGCUUAGGUUCCCCAGCUCCUUCAAAAUGCCCUCCCCCUUUCAAAGCCACCAGAGAAUUAUGUUGUACGAAACCCGUGAAGGAAAGUCUUCCACCGAGAGUGAAGCAAGAUUCAUGAGGAUGGGAAUGACGGCAUCAGAGAGCUUGGAGAAGCCAGGCUGGUUUUCCCAGAGAAUGAGAUCUGAUCGAGAUGUCCGACCUCACACAGGGUCUGGGUGAGGAGAUGGUGAGAUAGUCUCCUCACUGGGGGCAGACUGGAGGAUGCAGGCGUAAGGUGUUUGGUUAAAAGGAUCAAAAAGCAACAUGAGGGGAUCCCUCUGGGUGCAGCGGGUGGUUAGGAUCUGGAAUUCGCGGUGGGCAGAGGCUGGGGCUUUCGAAAGAUUAGAUUUACAGCUGAAGGGAAAAAACCUUCCAGAACUACCGGCGGGAGGUGGGGGGAGUGGAGAGCUGCCAACUUUGAUUUCUCAGAGAGCUGGCACAGCAUUGAAGGAUCGAAUGGCCUCCUGUUCACCAACCGUUCUAUUGCCAGGGUCUGCCCCGAGGGAGGAAAGCCAGCAUGUGUAACAGCAGGUACCAUGUGUCCAGGGGACACAUGGCACUGAGGGGUCUCGGGACUGAAGCAGGCCCCCAAAGGGUUAACAGGGAUAAAGGAUAAACAACUCAUGAGUCUUAAACCAAGAGACACUUGCCUCAACCACAAGAUGUAGUUUGUUGCAUGAUAGCCUAGGUUCAAGGUGCAUGACCUGGGUCAUUACAGUAUGUGUAAGUGGUGAAUGAGGAGCCAAGGGUGACAUGGCUGACCCACCAGGACCUCGGGCUCAAUUCCCCAUCCUCCUGAUUGGAAAGUUGAUUGGUUUUUGACUUGACUCUGAUUAUGACCUUGAUCGAACCCAUAUUGUCCCAGUGGACGGUCUUUCCUAUCCGUAUAUCCUUUGUGGAGGAUUCCAUCCCCACUCCACCCUCACUCUCCUGAAUUCUCUUGCUGUUUUGUCACACCAACUGUAAUAAGUAUCAGGUGGCGCAGCUGUGGGUUUGAUCUGUUGGAUCUCAGUUUAAGGGAUGAAGUGCUGGGUUUGAGCUGCACAACAGGAAGAUGAAAUAAUGGAAGUUGAAGACUGUGUGAUGUGUGGAUUAAGGGCGUCACACUGAUCUUUAUGUAGAUUCUAAAAAAUACGGAGUCAGCUCUUCCCUACAGACCUGAAUCACCUCUUGGCCUCCUUCGUCUCAAUUGAGCAAUGUAUCCUGCCCAGCCAUUUAUUCAUCCAGAUCGCCGCACUCCUCCCUGAACACAUUGAUGUUCCUCACCUCGAGGAACCUAUUCUCGUUGGUUAUAUGGUCCACCCUGAAGGUUACCUGCUAUUCCUUGUUGGGUUUAGUCUGAUGUUGAUGGUCCUUGGUUCCUGUGUAUAAGCGUUGCUCUGGUGACCAUAUUAAACCUCUCCAUAAUUGUCAAGGAGGCUUCAUGUUUCUGAAGGAACAGCUUGUUCAGUCUUUCCCGAUAUGUGUCACUUCAAGAAUCAAACUGAGGGCACCUCUCUGUACCUGCUCCCCAAAGCUGGAGGUAGGGAGAACUGCAGAUGCUGGAGAUCACAGUGGAGCUGGAAAAAGUACAGAGGAGGGGAGUCGAUGUUUCAGGUUGGAACCUCUCCUCAGACGCUGCUUGACCUGCUGUGCUUUCACCAACUCCACUCUUUAUCCAUAAUGACUGUGAACUCACCUGUACAGACUGGUUGUGCUAAGCUCAAUGAUUUCAGGUGGGUUACAGUGAUCCUGUUUAUUCAAGGUUUCUUGUUGGAAGUGUAUGUGUGUGUGUCUGUCUGUGUGUGUGUGUUUGUGUGUGUUUGUGUCUGUGUGUGCAUGUGAGUGUGUGUGUGCACGUGUGUGUAUCCACGUGUGUGUGUGUGUGCGCGCGUGUGUGAGUGUGUGUGUGUGUGUUUGUGAGUGUGUGUGUGUGUGUGUGGGUGUGUGUAUUUGUGUGUGUGUUUGUGUGUGUGUGUUUGUGCGUAUGUGUGAGUGUGUGUUUGUUGUUUAUGUGUAUGUGGUUUGUGUGUGUGUGUGUGAAUGUGUGUGUGUGAAUAUGUGUUUGUGUGUGUGUGUGUUAGCGUGUGUGUGUUAGCGUGUGUGUGUGAGUGUGUGUGUGUGUAAGAUUCUGAAUAUGUGAGACAGUGUGUGCCUGAGACUGUGUUUGAGUGUGUAUGUGAGACACAUUGGGGUAUGCGUAAAAUAAUGUGUUUGAGAGCGUGUGUGUGAGUAUGUGAGAUGUUAAGUGUGUAUGUGUGUGUGUAAGUGUGUUACACUUAACGAUAAGGUCCAAGGGAGUGUUGCUGAACACACAGACCUUGGAGUGCAAGUUCAUAGCUCCUUGAAAGUGGAGUCACAGGUAGAUAGGAUAGUGAAGAAGGUGUUUGGUAUGCUUUCCUUUAUUGGUCAGAGUAUUGAGUACAGGAGUUGGGAGGUCAUGUUGUGGCUGUACAGGACAUUGGUUAGGCCACUGUUGGAAUAUUGCGUGCAAUUCUGGUCUCCUUCCUAUCGGAAAGAUGUUGUGAAGCUUGAAAGGAUUCAGAAAAGAUUUACAAGGGUGUUGCCAGGGUUGGAGGGUUUGAACUAUAGGGAUAGAUUGAAUAAGCUGGGGCUGUUUUCCCUGGAGCGUAGGAGGCUGAGGAGUGACUUAUAGAGGUUUAUAAAAUCAUGAGGGGCAUGGAUAGGGUUAAAUAGACAAAUUUAAUAGACAAUUUUCCCUGGGGUGGGGGAGUCCAGAACUAGGGGGCAUAGGUUUAGGGUGAGACGGGAAAGAUAUAAAAGAGACCUAAGGGGCAACUUUUUCACACAGAGAGAGGUACGUGUAUGGAAUGAGCUGCCAGAGGAAGUGGUGGAGGCUGGUACAAUUGCAACAUUUAAGAGGCGUUUGGAUGGGUAUAUGAAUAGGAAGGGUUUGGAGGGAUAUGGGCUGGGUGCUGGCAGGUGGGACUAGAUUGGGUUGGGAUAUCUGGUCGGCAUGGACGGGUUGGACCGAAGGGUCUGUUUCUGUGCUGUACAUCUCCAUGACUCUCUGACAUGAGAUUUGAUGGGAUUUGGCUUGUGUUGUUGAACAGUGACAUUCGUCCUGGCGGCCAGGGGUUGGGGGUGUGUGGGGGGGCGGGUAGUUCCUGAGGUCCAUGGGCUGUUUGUUCAAGUGAACAGGUGAGUGAAGUAAACUGGCAAAAGGAAGGAAAAAUGGGUGAAUCACAUUCAUAGAAUCAUAGAAUCCCUACAGUUUGGAGAGUGACCAUUCAGCCCAUUGGGCCUGCACUGACCCUCCAGAGGGUCAUUAAUUCCUGCUGUUCACACGUCCAACCUGUGAUCAGCAAUGCGUAAUCUCUUUGGGGAUCAGAGUAAAACGAUUAACCAGGAUUACCCUCCUCAGAUAACCGUACAGCUGUCAGAGGGCUGUCUGGGGAAAUGGUAACCCUGUUUGAUCUUAGCUAGAGAAGCACCAAGUGUUCUAACGUGAGUCGGAGCUUUAGUACCACAACGAUAUAUUGAAUAUAGUGCACAGCUGUUUAAAGGUCAUAUUGCAAGCUGUUUGUACCUGUAUCCUGUUCUGUUUGUACAACCUUAAUAAAGGAAUCAAACCCUU